AAUAAAGCAGCCAAAACGGAGGCGCGCAGGCUAGCGGAGAUCGCGGCGAUGGAAAAGAAGGCCAAGGAGACGCUGCGCCGAUACAAGAAGGCCGCCCGCCACAGUGCAACGCACUCGAGCAGCUCGGACUCCACGUCGGACUCGGACAGCGGCAGCAGCUCCUACAGCAGCACGGACAGCGAGCAGGGCGUGGGCGGCGUUGGUGUAGGUGUGGGCGGGCCCGGCAGCGUGCACGGCCACCCGCAUCCACAUGGUGCCCACGGCCAUCAUCCGCGCUCCGCGGAACGUCAUCAUCGCAAGAAAAAGAGCUCCCGCCGGGGUGGCAGCACCUCGGGCGACGAACACUCGCGCCGUAAGCGCGACAAGAGGGAUCACGUCCAAAAGAAGCUGGUGGCCAAGCGGAAUCACAUCAAGCGCAAGCUGAAGGAGGCCCGUCUCAAAAAGCGCGCUGCCGCCGCCCUCAGUGGCCAUGUCCAUCGUUCCCUAUCGCCCGCCACGCGGGCCAAACUCAAGAAGCUGGCAGAACGGAAAAGAUUGCGGGCCGCCAGCAAGGAGCAGCGGGAGCGAGAGAAAUUGCGGGCAGUGCAACGGGACAGGGAGCGGGAUCACCAUCGCCUUGGUAGCAGCAGGAGUCCACCGAGUAGCAGCACCACCACCACCACCAAGAUACGCAUUCACCAAGACAUCGUGGGUAAGCAGCGGCAGAAGAGUCCAGGCUUAGGUCCGGGAGUUGGAGGCGGCGGCGGCGGCUCAUCCUCGCGCAUGCAUCACCAGCUGAUGUCGCGGGAAAAGAUCAUCAUCCAGACGCGAGCGCGCGGACGCACUCCGUCCUUGGAACGGGAACGAGAAAGGGAGCGCGAACGCGAGCGUGAAAGGGAACGCGAACGCAAUGAUUUCUCCCUAAGGGAGCGAGAUCGCAGGGACCGGGAGCGUGACCGAGCGGAGCGGGAAGCAGCCAGGGAUAAGGAACGGGCCGAAGCACUGGCACGCUGCCAAGAACGGCAGAGGGAGCGCGAACGCUUGGCCCGCGAGAAGCUGCGCCGACAGGAGGAGGAAGAGGGCGGCGGCGGGAAGCGUAGUGGUCCUGGGCGGGACUUGGAUAUGCCGCCGUAUGGCGGCAGCAGAGAACGGUCUCUGGACACCGUCGAAAGAGAGCGAGAACGCGAGCGGGGCAGCGGCGGUGGACGCCAUGUACGGGAUAAAAGAGAGCUGGAUCCAUAUGAGCGGGAGCAGGACUAUCUAGAGGAGCGGCACAACCACGGCCUGAUGGACGAAAUGCGCAGGUAUCGGCGUAGGGAUAUAAGUCCCCUGCCGCCGGAGCAUUAUCCGCCCAGGAUGCGGGAUCCCAGGGAACUGUACUCCGAGGAGGAGCGCGAAAGGGCCUACAAGCGCGCCUAUCUGGACGCACGGUACUCGUCGCGGGAGCGCGAUGCCUGGCUGGAGGCCCGUGAGCUGCGGGAACGGGAGCUGAAGGGACGCGAGUACCGUGACCUAGAGCCGGAGGAUGGGCUCUAUCCCGAUGAGCGUUUGAUCCGCGAGAGAGAACGAGAGCGGGAGCGAGAGCGCGACCGAGAGAGGGAGCGCCAUUUAGGACCGCCGCGCGGCGACUAUCGUCCGGAGUGGGAACGCGAAUGGGAGGAGGAGGGCGGCGGCAGCGGCGGUGGAGGAGGAGCUCCUGGCGGUCCGGGCGGGCCAAGCGGUACUCCCGGCCGGCCCAGCGGUUUCGUGGGAGGACCCAAGCGCGGCAAGCCUCCGUCCCAUCCGGUCGGUGGACCGCCAUCACAGCAGCAGCAGCAGCAUUCCGCCUCCGAGGCGGACUGGGAUGCCGACGAACGCGAGAGGGAGCGGGAAAGGGAAAGAGAGCGAGAGCGAGAGCGGGAUCGCGAGGAUCACCCGGACCCUGGCAAUGGCGGCGUUGGAGGCGACAGGCCGUCGUCCAUGAAUAUUAAAAACGAGCCCACCUGGCUGGAGCAUGACCAGCGGGAAAAGCCACGCGCCUGGCAGCAGCAGCCGCCAUCCUCAAACUCUGGGGGAGAUUGGCGGGACAAUGACGAUGCCCCACCACCGCAGCCGUCAUCGCAUCCACAUCCCGCCUCGCCGCACCAUCAUGUGCAUUCCCGUGGAGAAAGGGGCUCCGGCCGAGGCUUCCGCCGUGGUGGCCACGGUCAUGGAGAUCACGGCGAGCGACCCGGCUACAGAUCCCAUCCGCCCCCACUGAUGACGCUGCCAGUUCAGCCGCCUGGCGGCUAUUCCCGGCCAUUCGCCCACAAACGAUUGCCUUACGUAGCCCGAGAUGGUGGCGCCGGAGGAGGCAUACCCAGCUCUGCCUCUGGUUUUCUUAAGAAGCACCCACAUCCACCGCUGGCCUCACCCACGCAGACACCGCUGUUGAAUCCCCUCCUGGGCAACCCCGGGAAGCCAAAUGCGGCUGCCCAGGCGAGCGCUGUGGCUGCUGCCACCACAGCAGUGGCAGCGGCCAAGGCGGCAGCCCAAAGUGCCGCCAACGCCACCACAAAUCCGGGAAUUCUCGCCCAGGUGAGCAAACUGAAUGUGAUGAGCAUCAAGCAGGAGGAAGCCUCCGAGGAUUCCGCGGGUACACCAGAACUGGGUGCCCUGGACGACUCUGCUGCUCCCAAUCUAAGCCUGGCCGCUGAGCCAGUUAAGCUGGAGCCCCGACCCAGCACCGGCGAGGGUGAGCUGAGCGAGAUUAGUGACAGCGACGACGAUAUCCUCAACAAAACGGACAAGGUGCUGCGGCCCAAGAGUGAGCUGACUGUGGAGAUGGUGGAGCAGGAGGUGGACACCCACGAGACAGGGCAGGAGGCGAAGGCCACCGUAGCAGCCAGCCAGCCCAUAAAGGUGGAGGUGGAGGCGCUGGACGAAGUGCUGGACUUUGAGGAGAUAUCCGACGGAGAGCUGGAGGAGGAUGCACGACACAAAGGAAUUGGGGAUGCCUUGGGCGUGGACUGGCAAGGACUGAUUGCGGAGACCCGACAGCAGGCCACCGACGCUCAGGCGGCCCAGCAGGGCGGCGACCGGGGCACAUCCGCCAAGCAGCGAUGGCAGCCGCAUCGCGUGCUCCUCGACAUGGGAAUCUCGUUUGGCAUGGCGGGCGAGGGCUAUGCCCGUCGCGUGAUGGAAGAGGCCCGCCAGCAGUUCAUCCAGGAGAAGGAGCAGCGCCAGCAGAGGGAGCGCGAGCAGCAGGAACAGCAUGGUGAGCAGCAACAGCAGGAGCCACCACAGCAGGUGAAGAUCCCGGCGGCACCGCUGCUCGACUACCGCGAGUUCCUGGCCAGUCCCUCGCAACUGGAGCCCUUGGCCUGUGUGCAAAUGGGUCUGCGUGACGUUGCCGCCGAACGUCAGCGUCUGGUGGGCAAUGUCUGUGGCCCCGGCAGCCGGGCCCUGAGUGCUCGACAGGAUUUGCGCCUGCGCCGCCAGCUGUGCGGCCUGCCCGCCCGCGAGUGUGAGUUCCCGCGAACGGCUCCGCUCGUGAACGAUGGCCUGCGCAACCUGGCGCUGCAGAUGUUCCAGCGCAGCUUGCUGGACGUCAAAUGAGAUCCGAUGCCUGACGACAGCGGGAGCGAGAGCGAGGGGCAGCCACAGCAGCAACAGCAGCCACAGCAGCCCCAGCAGCAGCAGCAGCAGGAGUUACAGCAGCAUAGGCCCAUUCAAUACCGACUGGACAUACAGAUAUACACGGGCGGUGGGCACCAGGAUAGGAGGGACCGCGACUGGCGGCACUAUUAGACACAAGUUAGUUUUGUAAGAUAAAUGUAAUAACUGCAUUUCGCCAUGUUCAACGUUCUCUUUUCCCCUUCUGAGCAUUCAAUUGUGUGAAUAUCAAUAUUACGUAGAUAUUAUUGUAUAAUAAAAUAUAUAUACAUACAUAUAUAUGGAG